AUGAUAGAUAUGUGUCUGUCAGAUUCAGAUUAUACAUUUGAAGAGUUGGAGACUAGUGAGGAUUCAAGUAGUGACUACUCAGAUGAAGGAAUUAAGGAAAAAUAUCCAUCAUUUGUGAUGCCUAAGAAGCUUUUGGACUAUAAGUGGGUUUUGGGUACCAUGUUCACAAUAAAUGAAGAUUUUAAAGAAGCAAUAGCAAACUAUGUUGUUAAUAAUGGUAGAGAUUUUCACUUUAUAAAGAAUUAUAAGACAAUGGUUAUAGUGGGAUGCAAGGAAGGGUGUGAAUUGGUUGCAUUAUGUUCCAAAUUUUUAAAUAAGGAUGCGUGGCAUCUAAUAAAAUUGAUUGACACUCACUCAUGCAAAAUAGGGAGUUUAAUGUAA